CAUUCUUAAAGGAAGGGGGAAGGCCUCUUGCUCCCCUCCCUCAGUCUCAAGCCUUCCCUUUUUUGCCGCUCUAGCCAUGUACACAUUGCGACUGCUUCUGAUUUAUGUGUCUCCCUGACAGAGGAAAAAAACAUUUUUAAGAAAAGGAGGGUCUCUUGCAUCUAAUAUCCCAGUUUGUGAGCUCCUUUGCUGCUCUGAGUGCCUCUGAGCAUGUACAGACUGCAGCUUCCUCAGAGGGCCCUUCCACACAGCCAUAUAACCCAGAACAUCAAGGCACAUAAUCCCACAAUUUCUGCUUUGAGCUGGGUUAUCUGAGUCCACACUGCCAUUUAACCCAGUCCAAAGCAGAUAUUGUGGGAUUUUAUUCAGCUGUGUGGAAGAGGCCCCAAUUAUAUACCAUAUUAAGAAUGGGAAAUAAUAAUAACAACAACAGCAACAACAGGGUUGCUGUGAGUUUUCUGGGCUGUUAUGGCCAUAUUCCAUAAGCAUUCUUUCCUGACAUUUUGCCCACAACUACGGCAGGCAUUCUCAGAGGUUUUGAGGACUGUUGGAAACUGGGCAAAUGGGGUUUAUAUAUCUGUGGAAAGUCCAGGGUAGGGGAAAGAAUACUUGUCUGCUUGAGGCAAGUGUGAAUGUGGCAACUGGCCAGCUUGAUUAGCAUUGAAUGGCUUUGCAGCUUCAAAGCCUGCCUGCUUCCUGUUUGGGGGAAUCCUUUGUUGGGAAGUGUUAGCUGGCCCUGAUCGUUUCAUGCCUGGAAUUCUCCUGUUUUCUGAGUGGUGUUCUUUAUUUAUUGGCCUGAUUUUAGAGUUUUUAAAUACUGGUAGCCAGAUUUUGUUCAUGGUUUUCUCCUUUCUGUUGAAAUUGCCCACAUGCUUGUGGGUUUCAGGGGCUUCUCUGUAUAGUCUGAUAUGGUGGUUGUUAGAGGGGUCCAGCAUUUCUGUGUUCUCCAAUAAUAUACUGUAUCCAGGUUGGUUCAUUAUUAUUAUAUUGAUUCAUACCUCACUUUGUCUCCCCCUUAGGGGGCUCAAAGCGACUUAACAUAAAAGCAUCAGCACAACCAUUUGAAAAUCUACAAAUCUACAAAUAUACAAAUCUAUUAACAUUAAAACAGGAUAAAAAAAAAUCCCAGUUAAAAAACCAGUAAGGCACAUGCAUAGUUAAAACCCCCAGCACUCCUUUAAUUGAUGCUAAAGGCCUUCCUGUUAAAAAGCUUGCCUGAAUAAAAAGGAGUCUCCUCCCCAAACUCCCCUCCAGUGUUAAGGCCUGUUCUUGAGAUUUUCUGCUUUCCGUGCCCUCUUUUUCCUGAUCAAUGCUCCCUCUGAGCAUGUAUGGAUUGCAGCUGCCUCUGGCUUGGCUGAGCAACUACUGUGGGACAACUAGACUGGAAACACUGGAGAACGGGAGGGCCUCUCUACUUCCCACAGCACGAAUCAUAGAGCUGAAAGAGACCCACAUGGGCCAUCUAGUUCAACCCCCUGCCAUGCAGGAAAAGCACCCUCCUGGGGAUUCAGUGCCUUUUUUUACUCUGUAGGGUACCUUGGAGCAUGUCCAGAUUGCAAUUGCAUUUGACUUAACCUGAAUCUCCAUCUCAUCAAAUUGUAUGCAUGAUUAGGAAUGGGAGGGUCCCCCCACCCACACACACCUCCCGAGUAGCAAGGUCUCUUCUUGAGAUCCCCCUCUUCAGCACCCCUUUACUCCUCAGAGGUGCCUCUGAGCAUGUACAGAUUGAAGCCACUUCUGACUUGGCUGAAUCCCCAGUCCAACCGGAUCUAUAUUCAAAAGUGGGAGUGUCUUUUUGCUCUUUUUUCGGGAGCUUUGGAGGCCCACACCUCCUCGCUUGGCAUGGAAUAAGAUGGAGCUGCUCCUUGGUGGGUUUUCAGGCCAUGAAGGUGUGAGGCUGUGGGCCUGGGAUAAAUAAGGCAGGCUCCCCCACCCACUUCUCUCCCUCCUUUCCUCAUUCCCCAAUUUGCUUCCCUUCCCUUCACUCCCCCCCCCCCCUCCACAAAAAAAAUAAUAAUGUGGAAACUUAACAAGAGCGGCAAAGUUCUCCUGGAUGAUUCUCCGGAAGACGAAGGGAGCAGUCGAUGUCAUGAUUCACCACCUCCAUCAUCAUCAUCACCAGCAGCCACCUUCUCAGCACAGACCAAGGAUCCAUGUCUUCAUGAUGAAGUUACAUCCUCAGUUUCACAACUUGCAACAAAGGUUCAAGGUGCAGGUUUUCGGGGCUGGAAAGAGGUAACAUCCAUAUUCAAUAAGGAGGAUGAGCAACAAUUGCUAACAGGAAGUAAAUCUCCAAAAUCCAAAGGAACAAGUUUAAAAUUGAAAGAGGAUGUGAAGUCAGAAAAGAAACCUGGAUUUUGGGACAGUUUGGUGACAAAACAGAAUAUCACAUCCAGGAAGCCAGAUGAGAUAGAAGGAUGGGAGCCGCCACAGAUUCCUGCUGGAGAUCCCCUCAGCGAUGCCGGAAAUGCUUUAAAUGACUAUUCCUCUUGGUCAGGCUGGGAGGACGAAACCAAAGGAUCCACAAAAUACACAAACCUGGCAAGUUCAGGAAAUAGUUCACGGUGGAGUAUCAAAUCAGCUGGGAAAUUGGUUAGCAUUAGGCGACAAAGCAAAGGUAACCUUACAGAUAACUGGGAAGAACUGGAAUAAAACAAAGAAUGUGAAAUGUUCUCCAAAUGAUUAUAGAUUAUGUGAUUUACAUAUAUCCUCAAACCAAAAUCAAAACUGCUUAUUAUUGCACCUUUUUACAAACAAUAUUAUUCAAAUUGUCCUGUAGUUCGCUCACAUUAUUGCAAGUUUCUUACUCUUUGUGUUUUCCAUGCUGAACAAAAGUACAAAUCCUGUUUUGUAAUGUUGUUUCACCUAUUCAUACUGUCUGGUGUCUUUCUUUUUAAAGAAACCUUUAUGAAUGUAUACAUUGGAUUAAUAUUGAUUGCCUUAUACAAGAACUUCACUAAUAUGAAGUUUUAUAUUUCAUGGUCUUUGGACAUGAUUUUAUAUGUGAAUGCUGUCUCUGCUAUUUAAAAGUACUCAUUUGCAGCUAACACUGCAUUUUUUCAUCGUAAUAUAUUGCUUUCCCUGUCCGUAGCAUGAACGUAUGAUUCUCAGGCUUGUACAUGACAUGUGAAAAUAUCAUGGGCCUUUCUUCUUCCACUGCAAAGUUUUCAGAGAUCAGUAAAACAAGUUUCCUCUAUAUUAUUAUUACUUUAAUUUAUAAUUCUGCUAAAACAGUGUUGCAAUCACUUGAAAAAGAGCAAAGGUAACAGCUAAGGUCUGGUUUUUGUAUUCUCACCUUCUUUGUAAUAAAUAUCAAAAACUGCUUCUAAAUUAUCGGACUGUAUCUUGCAAAAAUAACAGAAGCAAGGGCUGGUCAUUUCAAUAACUUAGACUACAGAGAUACUUCCCAUGGCACUGCUGUUUGUCAGCUGGCUUGCAGGGAAGUAAAUGUUCUCAACUACUGCAUCAUUCUGGGAAUAUAGGAAUCAGAUAUGAGUUUUGAAAAAUUGAAUCUGUGCAGGUAUAUUCAUCAGAUUAGAGUAGUGGUUCUUCAACUUUGAUCAUCCAAAUGUUUUGGAUGUCAGUUUCCUGAAUCUCUGACCACUAAACAUGUGGAAAAUCAAAGUUGGUAACCAUUGAAGUGGGAAUUGUGUGGUUCUCCAGACAUUGUUGAACUGCAGCUUCCAGUGGCCCAAGCCAGAAAAUACAAAAGAGAUGCAGUUCAACAAUAUCUAAAGAGCUAUGGGCUUCUCCAAGGAUGCAUUUUCAUAUUUUGUCCCUCUUUUCCCUCAACAACAAAGUAGUAUUGAAGAGUGUCCUCCCUUUGUAUUUUCAGAUUGACAGAAGUUAACAGUAUGAUUUUUAUGUACAUUUUAGCAGUUGCAGUUGCUGUUGUGAAUUUGCUGUUGUGAUUUGCAGUCUUACCGGUCGCUGCUAUAUUUUUUUUUAUUAAUAAUAAAGAGCUAUGCAUUAUAGUGCACGUGGGAGAGUAGGGAAGUACUGUAAAGUAUGGGAUUCUUUCUGCCCCCAAUGGAGUAUUUUUACAAAAACAUUUUAUUGUAAAUUUCCCAAUUUAUGAGACUAAAGGAUAUUGCAUACUGCAGUGUGCCUACAUACCACUGUGAUAUGAGCAGAAAAAGGUCAAGCAUAUGACAUAAGCAACUCCCUUUCAGUUUACAAAGAAAAACGGUAUCUGAUCCAUGCACACCUUUUUGCCUCUGCCAUAACCAGAUUCUGAUCUCAAGUUGAAUGAAUUUGAAAUGUAAUAAAAGGUCAUCUUUGCCAUAAAGGACUAUUUUAAUGGCCAAUAUAACUGUGCAUUAGACCUUUUCCUGUUCUUUUGAUGGCUGGAUGUAUGUAUGUGCUUCCCUCAAGAGAUGGAAAUCUAACUCACAAAAAUAAUUUUGCCACAAAAUGUUGUUGCUUUGAAGAAGACAUGGGAACAAAUGCUGACGCCACUUGGAGGAAAAGAGCAAGUUGCAAAUCAGAGGGAAUCAGCAAGACAGUCACUAGAAAGCCAUCUUCUCUGCUAACUAAAGCUACUACUGAUUUGAAAUAUAACAAAAAAUGUUUAAAGUGCCUUGUUCCAUCCUGUAAAUGUUUGGUUAGACAUUUUAAUCACGUUCUUCCUGUUCCAGAUGCAUAUUUGUUUAAUUUCUGCCUUAAGAUUCUGUGAAUUGAAUGUUUAAUCCAGGUUGCUAGAAUAGUUGAUUUCCCUCAGUUAGAGAGACCUUUACUUGAUACUGAUCAUAAGUCUCUAUAUUGCUGCUUAUGCAAUGAGCAAUAUUGACACCAAAACAAACAAAAAAGCCCCACAAAAUUCACAGUUUGCUUUCAUCUAUGAGUAAUUUUUAAGUAAAAUGAACUAGUUUGUAACUAUGCAGAGAGCUCCUAUGUAAUUUCCCCUUGCAGUUUAAUCACCUAAUCCAGAUAAAGCAUAGAAUUCAUUUAAGGCCAUCCACUGUGUGGAGAAGGAACAAUUCCACAGAUCCUCAGUAUAUCUGCUUCAGAUUAUUCCUUCUGGGGUCAUGUACAAUCCUGUAAUGAGAAGGAGUGAGGGAUUAUCAUUGCCCUGGUGUAUAUUGUUCGUCCGUCCCCCAACCCACCCUCAGUAGCCUCCAUUAAUGUAAACACACCUGGCCUCCUUCAGAUGUAUAAAUACUCUGCAAUGCCUUUGAACUUCCUUAAUCCGUUGGUCCCUCUCCCUUCCUGCCUCUGCUCAUGCUAAGACAUUCCUGUGCCAGCGGGAGCUGGUGACUCCUUUGCAGAUUGCUGGACUAAUCAUUCCUAACCAGAGGAUGCUUGCAUCAGAGGAGAGCUAUCUUCCUGUUCUGUCCAGUUAGCCUGCAACUUGGAACUGGGUUAUCAGAUCACAUCAUCUUGUUUCCUUUUUAUUCCUGAAGAAACCAACUGCAUCUGUACUAUUCUGAUGGUUCUCUUGAUACAGCAAGUGUCUCUUCACAGUGGUUUAAGAUUUGGAUUACUGAACCUCUAAUGAAUACUGUAGAUUUAUUUAGGCAAGUCAGUAAAAAUUAUGUUUUUAUUCCAUUCAGGUUAGCAAAAGUUUCACUCUUUCUUGUUAAAGGUGAUAUCAUUUCAUUGUUUCCUUCCCCCCCCCCCCCCCCCGCAUCCUGACAUAUGUCAUUGUAGAAUAUAGUCACUUCUUUAUGUAAAACCUUUUCUAGUUUACACAUAGAGGAUCUUUCUAUAGCAGGAGUAGAAACAUGUCAUGCUGACCCAUGUCGGGGACUCCAAAAAUGAUUGUGGAUGAGAUCAGGAGCUCAGGGAUUUAGGGAAGCUUUUUAAUACUGUGACAGGUGGAGAUUCUGCCUCGUAUGUUACGCAGUCAAGUGCCUGUACGUCACCAUGUUGGUGAUGCAUGGCUCUUUUCUUUGCUGAAGCAAAGUUCAUACAAUUUUGCUGUAUUUAGAGAUCCUCUGAAGGGUACAGCUGCUUAUCAUAAUAGCAAACAUACAACAUCUGGAUCCAGUAUGUUGGAUCAAACUGUUGUUGCUUGAGCAACUGACUGGUGAUGCUGAAGUUAGAGAAGCGGGAUGGAUUUGUCUCAUGUGUGCUCCAUUUUUAGAAAAUCUGUUCUGUCACUGCUCACGGCACAUGUUUGGCUAGUCAAACGAGAUUUAUCUCGUUUGGCUAGGUAAAUCACAGCUGGCACUAGUCCUGUAGACCACAAGGAUGCCUAGCCCUGCUUUCUCCUUUUUUUUGACAUCAUGGCAUACCUUGCUGUGAAGAAAAGGUCACCAAACAGUGGUGGAUGGCCUCCCUGCCCAGUGAUGUGUUGUCCUCCCAUUAGUUCUUAAAACUAAAUCCUGGGUCCUCUGGAUGGCAGAUCCAUAGGUCAGGCCUCAAGGAGGAACAGGGGAUACAUACAGUGUGGCCUGAAUUUAUUUAAGCUAUGAAAGCAUAUUUUUUUUAAAAAAGAUGGGACAUAUUCCACCCAAAGUUCUGUAAUCUCAUACCUUAUUGAUUUCUAAGGAGUUCAGUGGCCAAAAUCCAAUUAUAGAGUCAACUAGCAUAGGCCCAUUGAAUCAAUGAAAUUUGCAUUAAGUGCUGAUUUACCAAUGUCACAUUGAGUCAAUGUGUCUACUGCAAUUAGCACUAGCUAAUGGAUUUGGCCAAUACGUGUAAUCCUUUCAUUGAAAUUAAGGGGAUAGAAGUGCCCUUCACUUUGGCUGGGUUAUGCCCAUGUUUUUCUAAAGCAGAAUUGUUUAAUUUUAACAACAGUAAGUUUUAAAUAUAAUUUAUUGUUAUGCUAUUGUAGAAAUAUUUGAGUUUUGUGUGUUUUUAUUUGUUAGAUGAAUGUCGAUGCUUUGUCAUUUUGAGAAAUAUUACUACCUAGACUUUUUGGGAUCUUCCUUUAAAUGGUAUAUGACUUUCUUCUGCUUUGUAAAACUUUUUGAUUUUGUGUCUACUGGUUUAAAAGAAGAUACCAUUGUGAUUGUAUUCUAAAAAUUGCACAUAUGUAAUGAAUCAACAAUUGUUUAUGUUGCCUUUUCACUGUAUCUAUGCAUAAAUUCCUGGCUUAAAUUUAAAGAAAGUGAAAUGUUUUAUGGGGCUGCAACUAGUCACAUAAUGAUCACAUUUCCUUUUCUCUAGUAUUUUGUUAGUUUCACUUCAAAAAUAUAGUAUUUUCACAGAUGAAUAAAAAUGAGUUGAAACAAAAA